GAUGGUGGUGGUGUUUUUGGUGGCUUUGUUUUCAAAAUAAGGGCUACAAAAUGGCUAGCAACGUUUUCUAUCCAACCCCCUCACUUGAUGUGUCAUGUCAGCUGUAAAUCAAAAAUGUUAUGCCUCGAUCGCUGCUUUCUCGCACCAACAUCAACGUGUUGCCUUGGUGCUACAACAGCAAGGAGAGGUAGCUCCCGUCCUUGUCAAAUUGCACCUGUUUAAUAGCAAUUUCUCAAUCUGAAGGGCUCCAUCAAUCACUUGAAAGCAAUAGCCAGAGGCCACUGUGUUGUGUUUAGUGUUCGUUUGUCAGUAAUGACCAAGCUAAUCCGCUAAACUGUCUGUCUGGAGAGCACUGAUCUUGACCCGCUUUCUGACUGGCAGUAGUCCAUACAGUCUCGCAGCCUUGUUAUACAAGGUAACUGUAGUUUCUGCAGGGAUGCAUUGAAAGUUGUGUCCAAUAAUAGUGUGGCGCAAACUGCCAGGUACAGAAACAAACUGUUCACACAUUGUUGGUGUCAUUUAUGUUUCUGUUUGUAUUUAAUUCAGAGGGGCUCACACUGCUGUAACUACAAAACAAACAAAAGAGUGUGCAGCAUUAGGGUCAGUUCGUCCGGGUGACUUUAAGCAAAGGGGAAAGCUCUUUGAAGAACUGCAUUGUUAAACUUUACCACCAGAGAGCACGAUAACCUGGAGAUAACUUCUCUCUAGGUCAGUCAGUGGGUGUUACAGGCCUCCAAUUCCCUUAUCAGCACUCUGAAUGCGCCACAGCUGCACAAUGUUUUUGACAUAACCAUAAGAGGCUGGCCUUUUAUGUGUGCUUUGCGUACUUUAUAUACCUUUGUCAAAAACAACAUCACCAUUUGCAUUUCAGACCAAUAAGUGUUUUCCACACCACAUAGAGAAAGUAGACAUGCAGUUGGCUGCUUGAACUGAAGCAGAGUACUUGAACAGGAAGCUUCAUUUUUAUGUGGUUAACCAAGCAUUGCGACGCACUUGGCUGCAUACAGGAAGUGUGUAUCACUCGUUGGUCUUCAGUCGGAAAACGGUUACUUUGCCUGUGAGCCUUUUCACUCACAUUUGUCUCUAAAUGGCCCAGGGAAAGGAACAAUCCUUCGCCAGUCGCCUUUUCCAUCGAUAUCGUAAGAGUAGCCAAGAGCAGAGGGGACAAGAGAGCGAGGUGCCUCAUAUAUCUGAGUUCACCAUCAUGUGGGAUAAGUUCAUGAAAGAGUUCUUAGCUAAAGCCAAAGAAGAUUUUUUAAGAACAUGGGAGUGUCCACCACAGAGCACAACUGGCCUGGAUGACUUUGACAGGUUCAAGACGCUGGGCACUGGCUCAUUCGGGCGAGUUAUGCUUGUCAAACAUAAAGAAACUAAUCAGUUCUACGCCAUGAAGAUCUUGGAUAAACAAAAAGUGGUGAAGUUGAAGCAAAUAGAACACACACUAAAUGAGAAGAGGAUACUACAGGCCGUCUCGUUCCCCUUCCUCGUCAGAUUGGAGUACGCGUUCAAGGACAACUCAAACCUCUACAUGGUGAUGGAAUAUGUGCCCGGUGGAGAGAUGUUCUCUCACCUCAGACGUAUUGGAAGGUUCAGUGAACACCAUGCAAGAUUUUAUGCAGCUCAGAUAGUACUCACCUUCGAGUACCUUCACUCCUUAGACCUCAUCUACAGAGACCUGAAGCCUGAAAACCUGCUCAUAGAUCAACGCGGUUAUAUCCAGGUCACAGACUUUGGCUUUGCCAAAAGAGUUAAAGGCAGGACCUGGACAUUGUGUGGAACUCCUGAGUACCUGGCUCCAGAGAUCAUCCUCAGCAAGGGCUACAACAAAGCUGUGGACUGGUGGGCUCUUGGAGUUCUCAUCUAUGAAAUGGCUGCUGGUUACCCUCCCUUUUUUGCUGAUCAGCCGAUCCAGAUCUAUGAAAAGAUUGUGUCUGGCAAGGUACGAUUUCCCUCUCACUUUAGCUCCGACCUGAAGGAUCUGCUGAGAAACCUGCUCCAGGUAGACCUGACAAAGAGAUUUGGCAACCUGAAGAAUGGUGUGAAUGACAUAAAAAAUCACAAGUGGUUCUCCCAAACAGACUGGAUUGCCAUCUAUGAGAGAAAGGUCGAAGCUCCCUUCUUGCCAAAGUGCAGAGGUCCAGGAGACACGAGCAACUUUGACGAUUACGAAGAGGAGGACAUUCGUGUCUCACAAACAGAAAAGUGUGCAAAAGAGUUUGCCGAGUUCUAGUAAAUGGGCAAGAGUCCCGUCAGGGCUCGCAUGUUUUGGGAUAUUUGCACUCUCCUGAGGGUUUAUGGUGGAACCGAGGCCAUCGCGUGCUCAAAACAAAGCCUCGUUCCUUCAUUCCACACAGCUGAAUGAGGUCCUUCUUGCCAUGAUCCUGCGUGCAGUUAGCACUAUCCUAUACACAGGCACAUUAUGCAGACACCCCCUUGUGCUGCAACACAAAAAAUACUAGACCACGUUCUCAUUUUUUGUCUUUUCUUUCUUUCUUUUUUUUCGUUUGCCGCUCCUUAUUUCAAUUCAAAUAAUUAUUUGAAAAGCAACAUGAAAACUAAUCUUAUUCCCAUUUUUAAAUGGCACAAAGAGUGAAUGAUUGUAUUAGCUGGUAUUGCACAUAUUGUGAUUUAAGCUUCGGGAAAAUAGAAGGGAUUGUUUUGGUUUGCAUUUCCGACAUUGAGUCUUGCCAGUUAUAUGUCGUCUGUUUCAUGACAUGAGUGUGUUUUUUUUAUAUAUAUAUAUAUAUAUAUAUAUAUAUGAGAGAGACUUCCAAUUUUCAAACACUUGGUGUUGUUAAAGCAUGACCAAAUUCCAAACAAAGAAACGUGCUUAGUGAAAGAACAGCAACACUGAUGGCUUCUUGAAGUUUCUGAGUUUUAGCACUCAGACAUUCAGUUCUUGAAGAGGUGAAUUAACAGUGACAAGUGUUAUUACGGAGCAGAAAGUUGUCAGUGCUGUAUUCAGUCAAUUGUAGCAUUGUUUUAUCCAUAUCUGGUCACAUCUCAGACCAGGUGUGGUAUUAAAUGAAAGGAAUGAGAUGAUAUAUUUUUCAGGUACAACUCUUUGUUUCACAAGGAAGGAAAACUAAAGGUGUUCACUCCACACAACGGGGGCAUCUGUUUUUUUUGUUACGUCCGAUACAUGAAGUGUAUUGCCGUGGCAUAAUUGCUGAAAGAUCAGUUUGUUAGAUUUUCGUAAGAGUAUGUUGCUGUGGAUGCGAAGCAGUGUUGGUCACAUGGACAUAUCUUGUCCGUUCUGGGUUUCUUUCCAAUUUUUGUUUGUAAAUUGUGCUUACACAGCGCUCUGAGAAGACACUGUGCAACUGCCAUAUUUGUUUUAUUUUCAAUUUUACUUUUGCAUGUUUGUACAGCAGUGUCACAACAAGCUAAUAGUGCCCUGAAAAUGUUCCCAUCUUUUUUGUUGUUGUUGUGUUUUGUUACCGUUUUUAAAAUAGUUUUAUUGCCUGGGAUGUUGAUGCAUUAGAUCUUAGAUUUUAUCUGAGUGACGUGUUCCUCUGAAUGAUCCCAUGGAAGCAAAACUAAACAGUUAACCAUGAAAUAAUAACAGAAAAUUGAAAUAUCAUAACCGGAAAAGUAUUCAUCUUGGUCACCACUUGGUUGAAACAUACUUACCUCAACUAUAGCUUGUAGUCUCUUUGCAUCAUUUUUAACCAAUUUGUACACUGUGAUGAAGCAAUAUUUGCUCACUCUUCCUUCCUUUGAGUCAGGUCAGUCAGAGAACGUCAGCAGACAAAAAUGUUUUUGUCUUGUUACAGAUUUUCAAAGGGAAUAAGGUCAAAAGAGUCUGACUUUUGAAGAACAUUUUCAUUGUAAAUCUCUCCUGUUAAGUUAUUGUCUACACAUAUUUAAUACAUAUUUUCUCCCCUCAAGAGAAAUAUAGGUUUUAUGAGGGAUUUUUCUAUACAGAGCAUCACUCAUUUCCCCUGAAUUCGGACACAUCGCCUGCUCUUUGCUGCUGAAAUGUAGUCCCUGCCUCUGGCGUGACUGGUUGACAUGUGUAUUUAACAGGUGAUUAUAGAAUCUGUAUGUCAAAGGUUCAAUACCUACAAGGCCACGGUAUCCACUUGUUGAACUUCCAGAAGUCAGAAAAGAUCCGAUUGCUCCUGCUUUUGUGAUUUUUUUUUUUUUUGAUUUUUUUUAAAAAACAUUUAUUUUUUUAUUUUUUUGGAUUUUCUAGAGGGAAGUUUGUCCCUGCCGUCCACAGGGAGGUCAGAGUUUGAAGUCAUUUCUGCAGGUUGGACACUCAGGGUUGUGGGGAAAUCAAAGUUUUACAUUUCACAUCUUUUGGAAACAAUAAUGCAUUGCUGACGGUCUUUAAAUUUAACAAGUCUUCUGAAGUUUAGAUCAUUAUUUGACAUGGUGCUCAAGUGUCUGAUGAUGAGAAAAAUGCAAUUUAAUCAAGUUCAACAAUCUUAGACAACCAAAUGUGGAAAAGGUUUGGUGACUGAAUGCUUUUUUUUAAGAUACUGAUGUGCUGUAUAUUGAUAUUGGCUAUGCCUGAAUUCAUGAUUUUCAUAAAUUGAACACAUGGUGUGACAUUUGAUUUAGCCCCAGUUUCAUUUCAAAAGGCGCAACUGUAUCGUGUGCUAUUUUUUAUUUAUAUUAGAAUUACAUUUUAAUUGUUUUAACUUGCAUAGUUCUCAGUAUGCAUAAGGAGACUCCAACAGUUUUAUUCACAAAAGUGUAAUCUACAGUGAAUAUAGUGGGUUAUUUAUUUGUACCACUUUUUCAUUUGCCCUUAUGAAAAAUAAACCAUUUAUCGAAAUUUAAAUAUUUUCAACAGUUAAUACACAUUGAUGCCUCUCAUACCAAUUUUAAAUUGUAGCCUUUUAGGUUAACUUUUUUUCUUAUUUUUCUGAACCUUUUUGUUGUAUUUUAUUACUUCUUUUUUUUUUUAUUUAUUUUUUUUUUUUUAAAAGGAGACCCAAUAUUAUUUUCCCAGUUUGAAGGAUGAACAGAAUGUAAUUGCAGAAUCGAUGACAUUUUUAUUUGGACAAACUUUGAGAACUGCACCUGGGAAUUCAGCAUGUUUCUAUCCAAACUGCCUGUGUGUAAAUCUUCCCAUGAAAAAUGUGUAGGAAAUCCACAGCUCUUCUUCUGUGUUAUUUAGCCCUCAUGUGUGUAAUAAUGUUUGUCAUAUUUGAAGUAAAUGAUGGCACUUCACACUCCUGACUGAAGGAAAUCAGUUUAUGAGUUCUUCGUAGCUAGUCACACAUGCCAGUAUGGGAUCAAUAAUCUGAAAUGUGUCUGUAUUUAGUUCGUGGGAUAUUUUUCACAUCAUUUAGAAGGCUGACACGUUUUUCCCACCCAUAUUUACUUGUGUUUGCAAGGGGAAUAUACUUUGCUGUAGCAGAUUUUAUGUAACAAAGGAUAUGUCACUAUAAUAAAUUCUUUUUAUUAUAA